UUCCUGAAACAUUUGAAGAGGUACUACGAAAAUCGGUCCAGGAUUAAAAACCAUUAAUGCAGUACAUGCCGUAGGUGGAAGAAAUCCCAUCUCCAUAGAGAAACAACUACUUAUUGCCAUAUGGUUUAUGGUUACGCUUGAUUCUUAUAGAUCUGUUUCCACCAAAUUUGGAAUUGGAAAAGCAACUGCGUUUAGAGCACUCCGACGUGUAACAUACGCAUUACAUUGUGCUGCUCCACGACUUAUUCUAUGGCCAAAAGAUCAUGAAAUUGCUACAAGAGUGAUGGAACAAUUUCAAAGAGCAAGUGGUUUUCCGAAUGUCAUUGGCGCUAUCGACGGGACUCACAUUAAAAUUCGGGCUCCAAAAGAAGAUCCUGCUUCAUACGUAAAUAGAAAAGGGUUUCAUUCCAUGAACGUUCAACUUAUAUGUGAUUCACGUGGAUUUUUCACACAUUGUUUUGCUGGACAUGUGGGAUCUGUACACGACGCUCGUGUUUUUCGUAAUUCACCGGUAGCAGAUUUUCUUACAAUGCCUGAAGUAUAUUUUCCUCAAAAUUCCCAUCUAAUAGGGGAUGCUGCAUAUGGUAUUCAUCCACACUUAAUGGUACCAUAUAGAAACAAUGGGCAUUUAACAAAUAGACAGAAAAAUUUCAAUUACUGUCUAUCAUCUACUAGAAUGGCAAUAGAGCGAGCUAUAGGUCAUUUAAAGAUACGAUUUCGGAUUCUCUUAGAUUGUUUACCGUUGACUGAUGUUAAGAAAAUUCCGGACGACUUUAUGCCAACUGUUCAUUGGUCCAGUGGUCUAUACGCCUGA